AGUCACCCGUCUGCCCCUGUUACCCCUCCUGUAUGCCCCCUGUGGUACCCCUCGCCUCACCAUUCUUGUACUUUCCUUGAAUACGCAGCUCUGUGCCCCACUUACUUAGUUCCCCUAAUGCCCCCCAGUCACCCCCACCCCGCAGUGUGAGCUGCCCCUUCACUCGCCCAUUGCCCAGCUGGCACGCCGCCAUGCUAAAGUGCAUCCCCUUGUGGCGCUGCAACCGCCAUGUGGAGUCUGUGGAUAAGCGGCACUGCUCCCUGCAGACGGUGCCCGAGGAGGUGUAUCGGUACAGCCGGAGCCUGGAGGAGCUGCUGCUGGACGCCAACCAGCUCCGGGAACUGCCCAAGCCGUUCUUCCGGCUCCUGAAUCUGAGGAAGUUGGGUUUGAGCGACAACGAGAUCCAGAGGCUUCCCCCCGAGGUGGCGAACUUCAUGCAGCUGGUGGAGCUGGACAUCUCCCGAAACGACAUCCCUGAAAUCCCCGAAAGCAUCAAAUUCUGCAAAUCCCUAGAGAUCGCCGAUUUCAGCGGGAACCCCCUGUCCAGGCUGCCUGAUGGCUUCACCCAGCUGCGGAGUUUGGCUCACCUGGCCCUCAACGACGUCUCCCUGCAGACCUUGCCCAGCGAUAUCGGGAAUUUGGCUAAUUUGGUGACUUUGGAAUUACGGGAAAACCUCCUGAAGUCGGUUCCCAUCUCUCUCUCUUUCCUGGUGAAGUUGGAGCAUCUGGACCUCGGCAGCAACGACCUCCAGGUUCUGCCGGACACGCUCGGGGCUUUACCCAACCUGCGCGAGUUGUGGCUGGACCGGAAUCAGCUCUCUGCUCUGCCGCCGGAGUUGGGGAAUCUCCGCCGCUUGGUCUGUCUGGACGUGUCUGAGAAUAAACUGGAGAAUCUUCCUGCGGAGAUCAGCGGCCUGGCGUCCCUCACCGACCUGCUCCUUUCCCAGAACCUGCUGAGCUCCAUCCCGUCGGGCAUCGGUCAGCUGAAGCAGUUGUCCAUCUUGAAAGUGGAUCAGAACCGUCUGCUGCAGCUGACAGAAUCCAUCGGAGACUGCGAGAACCUGAGCGAGAUCAUCCUCACCGAGAACCUGCUGACGAGUUUGCCGAAGUCUAUCGGGCAGCUCAGUAAACUGACGAACCUGAACGUGGAUCGGAACCGGCUGCUGUCUCUGCCCAGCGAGAUCGGGGGCUGCACCGGCCUCAACAUGCUUGGCCUCCGCGACAACCAGCUGAGCCUCCUCCCGGCAGAGCUGGCCAACGCCACGGAGCUUCACGUGCUGGACGUGGCCGGUAACAGGCUCGUGAACCUCCCGUUCGCUCUGACGAACCUCAACCUGAAGGCUCUGUGGCUGGCGGAGAAUCAGUCGCAGCCGAUGCUCAAAUUCCAGACCGAGGACGACGAGGAAACCGGCAGCAAAGUCCUGACCUGCUACCUCCUGCCCCAGCAGCCGUCCCCGAACCCCGAGACCUCGCUUCAGGACGGUUUGGACGACAGCUGGACGGACGGAAACCUCAACCGGAUCAGCGUCAUUCAGUUCCAGGAGGAAAUCAAACCAGAGGAGGAGGAGGACGAUGAGGCGGCGGCGGAGCGGAGGGGCCUGCAGAGAAGAGCCACCCCUCACCCCAGCGAGCUGAAGGUUAUGAAGAAAGUGAUCGAGGUGCGCAGGAGCGAGGGCUUCACCAUGAAACCGGACGAUCCGUCGCCCGCCGAUGAGGACAAGCGGCUCAGCGGACUGUCCACGCAGAGCGCCGACUCCCAGCGCAGCGGCAGCACCGUCUCUGCCGGCUACCAGGAAGAGCAGCGGCGCGCGGAGCUGGAGGUGCCGGGGAGCGGAGUCCCGGAGGAAGAGGAGGAGGCAGCGGCCGACGACAUGGAGGUCGAAUACGAAGAGCCGUCCGUACGCUUUGCGGAGGAGACUCUCGUCCACCGAAGCGACGACGACGAGGAAUCGGAUGAAGAGCGGAGGUCCCUGGAGAAGAAGCGCCUGAUCCGUAAGGACACCCCGCAUUACAAGAAGCAUUCAAAGAUCACCAAGCUCCCGAACAGCGACGCCGUGGUGGCCCUACUGCAGGGCUGCGGCCCCGGCGGACUCCACGAGGAAGACGAGGAUGAGGGCCGAGGGGCCGGCGCGUCUUCUCCGCCGCUCGAAGACCAUGAAUUGGACGUGUCUGAGAAGGAAUGGGAGGGGACGCCCAGAGCGGAGAGGAGAGGCUCCCAGCCCAAUGUCAAGGGUGUGUCGUUUGAUCAAGUGAAUAAUCUUCUGAUUGAGCCGGCUCGGAUAGAGGAGGAAGAGCUCACGCUCACCAUCAUGCGUCAGACGGGGGGUCUGGGUAUCAGCAUCGCGGGGGGAAAAGGGUCCACGCCGUACAAGGGAGACGACGAGGGCAUCUUCAUAUCUCGAGUGGCAGAGGAGGGCCCGGCCGCGCGUGCCGGGGUGCGAGUGGGGGACAAGCUUCUCGAGGUCAGUUUGGCCGGGAGGUCUCUGAGUCCUGCAGAGAGGAGAUUUAGACAGAGAAUAAAGUUAUAA